GCCAAACAUUGUUAGAUGCCGUCCUGAAUUUACUAUUUUUUCCUUCCUAUCGUUCGCCAAACAUGGGAGGAGAUGUAACUGGAUCAUUUAUUACCGCCGUCGGCGCCACUAGGACAGCCCCUUCAUACGGUGGAGGCCCGGCUGAACCUCAGUACGUUUCGGCGAAGACGUCGGUUUGGUGGGACAUAGAGAAUUGCCACGUCCCCAAGGACUGUGACCCUCACGCGAUCGCACAGAACAUUAGUUCGGCGCUGUCUAAGAUGACCUACUGCGGGCCCGUUUCCAUAUCCGCCUACGGCGACACUAAUCGGAUCCCUUGUUCCGUUCAGCAGGCGCUAUCAAGCACCGGCAUCGCACUCAAUCAUGUCCCCGCCGUUGAGGUUUAUACUUGGGCAGGUGUGAAAGAUGCGAGUGAUAAAAAGAUUCUAGUUGAUAUGUCGUUUUGCGCUGUAGAUAAUCCUGCCCCUGCAAAUUAUCUGUUGAUUUCUGGCGAUAGGGAUUUUUCUAAUGCGCUCCACCAGUUACGAAUGAGGAGAUAUAAUAUUCUUUUGGCGCAGCCUCUGAAGGCAUCUGCAGCCCUUGUUGCUGCAGCCAAGAGUGUAUGGCUUUGGAUGAGUCUUUCGUCUGGUGGUACGCCUCUUUCAAAUGGUGAAUCAACUAAACUUGCUAAUGAUCAGAAUAAUUUUAUCUCUGAAAUGUCAUUGUAUAAUCCAAUUUCUGAAAUGGUUCAGUAUAGUCAGCAGAUGGUUUCUGGUUCUGAAAAUGUUACAACGGGGCAAAAUGUAUCUAAUGCUGGAAGGAAUGGUGAUAGAAAAUACGAAGGGAAAUUUAUCAGGAAAACUCCAUAUCAGCCAAGCAAUUCAAGAGCUUCUAGUGUUCCAACAACUACCAUUCAAGAAAAUAUGAACAAUGGUUAUUCUUAUCAGCCAGAGUAUGCACAAACAAAGUCGUUUAAGAAAGCACCACAUGAAUUUUUUGGUGGUAGUGAGCCAGAUGUUUCUGCUAGCUGGUCUACGCCAAACGUUUUGCCUAGCAAUCCUAACCCUUCAGGGAGUAACAAUGCUAAUUUUGUUGGCGUUCUUCAGAAUCAUCAUCCUCAUUCGGUGAGACCAAAUAAUCUUCCUCUGCGACCAGCUUUUCCACAAGAUAAUUUCCUACCCCUGAAUUCACAAAAUCAUGGUUUCCACCCGAUACCUUCUAGAGUGGAGGGGCCUAGAUUUCCUUCCCUAUUCUCAAAUAUGCCUGAUGUUGCUAAGUUAAAUAUCUCUGAACGCUCCACCUAUCCUCAAAAUGGUAAUAAUUUUCCUCAUCAAAUUGGAGAAAACUUGAAAACAAGCUCUAUCGAGUCAUUGCCUAAUCAAACUAGCCUACAUACACCACAAAGAAGCCGUUUGUUCCACAAUGGACAAGCAAGUCAGCACGAUACUUUUACUAAUAGGUAUCCACGGGCCCCUGAAUUUCCACCCUGGCCAUCCUCAGCAAUUUCUAGUUUUACUAAUGGCGUUUGGGGAGCUGAAGGACGUUCACUUCCUUCUGAAUAUGUUCAAGGUUUUAUUGGUGUUAUCCUACUCGCAUUAAAUUAAACACACUCAAAAAAGAAAAAAAAUAUGCCUACUGAAGCAAACAUUACUGAUUGCAUUCGUUAUGGUGAUCCAAAACACUGUAAUACUAAUGUAAGGAAGGCUUUGGACAGUGCAAUUGAGCAACAAAUGGUAUUGAAGCAAAGUUUAGGAGCAAUACAGUUGUACGUAGGUAGAAAUGAGAAACUAUGGAAGUGUCAAUCUUAUUGGUGGGAAUCCUAACCAGUACCCAAAGACAACAUGGGAUGGAAUACAAA